UGGAGGCCAGAGGUGGCGGGCCCGGCCCAGCCACGGAGGCAAGGCCCAGGAGGGGGGAAAGAAAGGGGGGCAGAAGUGGCAGUGGGGAGGAGAGGUGGCUGGGCCCGGAAGCAGAGACUGGGGCAGAAGGUGGCGGGGAGAGCAUUCCCAAUUUGCCUGCUGCAUCAGUCAGAGCUGCCUGUUGAUUGGAGGUCUGAGGUUCUGUUGUUGGUGUCCCAGCUGAUCAUCUGUAAAUCUGACAGGCUGGAUUGUUGAGCUGUGCCUUCCUGAUGUGCGUCACAGGGCUCGGGGUUUUUUUGCCCAGGGAUUAGUCAGGCUGCUUUUGGAAACGCCCUCGGCUGCACCUUGUGCUGCUAUAUUAGUGUUUGCCUAGCAAGAAGAAUUUUCUUUUUGCUGCUGCAGCUGCUUCAGCAAGCCCCUCUGCCUGCAUGCAAGUCCUGCAUCUCUGGAGUCUGCUUGCCACCUGUGCAGUUGCAGUAGGAAAGGAUCAAGAACAGAAGAAACAAGAGUGCCCUAAGCUCAGCGCACAGUGCAUAGGUUACCCUCCCCGAUGCAUAAAAGGAGUGAGUCAUCUGGAGUUGGCUUUUGCAGCUGGAUUGCCCCAUAAUGCACCAGGAAAGAUGCCAGAAUUUCAGAAGAAGACUGUUCAUAUCAAGGACCCAGAAAGGGUAGAAGAAAUUAUCUGUGGCCUCAUCAAAGGAGGGGCUGCCAAACUUCAGAUAAUUACAGACUUCGAUAUGACAUUAAGUAGAUUUUCCUUCCAAGGGAAGAGAUGCCCAACAUGUCAUAACAUCAUAGACAACUGCAAACUCAUCACUGAUGAAUGUCGCAAAAAGUUAUUGCAACUGAAAGAAAUAUACUAUGCUAUUGAAAUUGACCCUAGUCUUACAAUUGAAGAGAAGUAUCCCUACAUGGUUGAGUGGUACAAUAAAUCACAUGCUUUGCUUAUUGAACAAGGAUUGCAAAAGGACAAACUUGCAGAAAUUGUGAGGGAGUCUGAUGUUAUGCUGAAAGAAGGGUAUGAGAAUUUCUUUGAUAAACUCCAUGAGCAUAAUAUUCCUGUGUUCAUAUUUUCUGCUGGGAUUGGUGACAUUUUAGAAGAGAUCAUCCAUCAGGCGGGCAUCUACCAUCCCAAUGUCAAAGUUGUUUCAAACUUCAUGGAUUUUGAUGAGAAUGGCAUAUUAAAAGGAUUUAAAGGGGAAUUGAUUCAUGUUUACAACAAACAUGAUGGUGCCUUAAAAAACACAGAGUACUUCAAACAGUUGAAGGACAAUAGCAACAUCAUAUUGCUUGGAGACUCGCAAGGAGAUUUAACUAUGGCAGAUGGAGUGGCAAAUGUUGAGCAUAUUCUUAAGAUUGGGUAUCUCAAUGAUAAAGUUCAACAAAAUAUACUAGAACUGAAUCUGAUAUGCAAGUAUGCAAAAUGACUUCUGUUGAAGAACUACUGGAAAAAUAUAUGGACUCCUAUGAUAUUGUUUUGGUGAAAGAUGACUCUUUGGAUGUGGCCAACUCAAUCCUACAAAAAAUUCUGUAAUCUGGAUCAUCAGAAUUUGCUUUCUUUAUUCCUGAUGGAGGACAUCAGCUGGACAGAUCAGCACGCCUGUGCUGUCUUAAAAUAUUAAUAGUUAUAUUGUUUUCAAUGGGAUUCACUUUAUUUGAAAAGUAAUAUACUGUAUCUGUGAUCAUCUGUCAUUUUAUUUGGGGGGAAAAGAGGAUAUACUGCAUCUACAAUCACCUGGAAACUCCUCUGCUGCUGUUAAACACUCUUUACUUUUAAAUAUACACCUUAUUUAUUCCAAUUGAGGUUGUAUGGAUCACUGAAAAAAGGCGUCUUCAGUUUUUACUCAUGCACAAUAAAAGGAAGUUUUUUGAAUAGGUGAAACUGUUAAAUAAAAUAUGCAAGAGGCAUGAUGAAUAACCCAA